AUGAUGCGAAAAAUUUUGUGUGCAAAACGAAAAAAAUCGACUGGAGCAAAACUUGUAUGGGAUAAUUUACCGGAAAAAUUCAAAAUCCAAGUCAUCGAAUAUUUGGAUUUGGCGAGCAAAGCGAGAUUUUCGCGGUGCUCAAAAAAUUGUGAAAUUGCGGUGCUUGGCUCGAAAAACUAUCUGAAAUCCAUCAAAUUCAGCGAGCCGUGUUGGGACAGAUUUUAUCAAAUUCGAUUGGAAUAUUUUGGAAAUUAUAGUGAGGUUCGAAUGGAUUAUUAUGAUCUGCAUGAGGAAGACGAGGAUGAUCAAGUUUUGUAUAAAAUUGAAUUUUAUAUGUGAGUACUGGGGGACUUUUUGAAAACAUUUAGAAAGCUAAUUUUUUGAAAUUUCUGUGGAAAAAAUGAGGCAUUGCUCAUGUUAGAACGUUUUUCUAGAAGCUUAUAACCUGAGCAAUGCUUCAAGCCGGAGCAUUGCUCAGGCUAUAAGAAAUUUCAAAGUAAAGUCAAAUUUUUUAGGCAUUGCUCAUGUUAGAAUAAAGCUCAAAAUUCAAUUUUCCAAAAUUUCUGUGGGAAAAUUGAGGUAUUGCUCAUGUUAGUGCAGAAUUAAAUAUUUUUGAAGCAUUGCUCAGGCUAUAAGAAAUUUCAAUGUAAAUAAAUCCAAAUUUUCACCAAAAAAACGAAUUUUUUCGGCAUUGCUCAGGUCAGAAAAUUUCAAAUUUUCAGCGAUGAUACAUUAACUUAUGAAUGGGAAAUCAAACACUUCGAUCUCAAUUACCCAUUUCAAAGAUUCCAAAAACUAAUCGAUAAUUCGAAAUAUUUGGAAAGCAUCGAAUUCGAUUAUUAUAAAACGCUGAUUUAUCAAAACUUCAAAAAUAUGGAGAAAUUGCAACAUUUGGAAACACUCAGAAUUUAUGAUCGAAGACAUCAAAAGGAAGAAUUGUGCGAUAAUGAAUUUGAGAAUUUUGCAUUGGUGAGAAUGUUUUUUUAAUUACAGAAUAUUAAAUUGAAUAUUUUAGGUAAACAACCUUCGAAAAAACAUCAUUUGCCCAAUUCCUUCUUUGAAUCUCCGAGAGUUACUUCAAAUCACCGCUCGAAAAUCUAGAAUUUAUGAUGUUGAAAUCACUCCAAAAACUUUGAAAUCGUUUAUUUUAGCAGUUAAAGAUGGGAAAAUCGAUGAGAACAUUAAGAAACUUCGAUUGGAUUAUCAUAGAGAUCAAGAACCGUGGGAUCCAGAAGUCAUAUUUCAAACUAGAAAGGGAAAGGAAAAUCUAAAGGUGGAUGUUUUGAACAAGGAAACUGAUCCCGAUCUCCCAGAUGCAAUCUGGUUUGACUUGAACAUCAAGGGAAAGCCUGAAAGAUACGCCAAAUUUCGAAUGACUGAGAAAUCAUUUCUAAUGGUGAUUCGGCUUCAGGAAAAACGAGAACACUAUCGGUGGAGAGCUAUUGAGUGGAGAGGAGAAUUUGAGAAUGAUGAUGAAUUGGAUGGUGAUUCGUAUGAGGAACGAAUUUCGGAAUUUGAUCGAGAAGAGGGUGUUGAUGAACGAUCGGAUUAUGAGUUUUGA